UCACCCCCCUCAACUGCUCAAUCACUACAGCAAACCGCGACAUCGCUACGCUAUACGGACUAGCUUGCUGUGGUAGACGGGUCGACAUCAGAUACCCUUUACCGUACAGAGAAACAAAAGAAGAUCGGAGUUCCCCACUGUUCGUUUUGGAUCCAUCUCUCGCAUCCCCAACACGAACCCGGCUACGAUAUGGAGCCCCGCAAAACCCCUCCGGAGUACUUCCUGGAGAUCUUCGCGGACACCACCACCGUUAGGGAUAUUUUGAAAGGUGUUCUCAACCUGAUCUUCUUUCACCGGUACUUUCCCUCUAUCCGACCGACCACUUUUGACGUUCUUGACUUUACUCUUCCCGCCAUAAACGAUGAAGACCUUGAAACCCUGAUUGAAUCGCGUAUCAGCGCCCUAGUCCGCCAACACUCAACGACUGCUAGCACCCAUGAAGGAGGUGGCGGCGGGGUACGCGGUCGGAUCGCAGUAGAGUUCUAUGAGAAGAAACGCAGGCGCUCGGGUAUCUGGUUCGGUGGACUGGCAGGGAAAGGCGAGGAAGAAGUAUGCUGGGAGGUGUGGAAUCUGGAUGUGACGAUCGCCACUCCGCGGACAGAAUCAGAGCGUGCCAAGGUGCGCAAGGCGAUGGAGAAUAUGCUCCAGAAAGCAGCACUAAAGAUCCUCGCUGUGGUCAAUCGGGAAAAGGAUCAUAUCCCACCUAUCACGACCAGUGAUUCCAAUCCUUUUCCUUACAAGAUUGUCCUGAACCCCCGGUCCGAUAGCUGGCAGAAUCGGUUUGGACUCUACUGAUGUGAGAUUAUAUUGCUUCUGCAGAUCCGCUGUGCUAGACUACGUUUACCUUCCUUUUUAUACGAUACACGCGAUUCAUUCGUUGACUGCGGAUGUUU